GGAAGGCCAAAAAAGGGCAUUGAGGGAGUUGGGUUGGGCCCAGAAGUAGCCUCUAUGCUUUUGGGUUUCUUACCCAAAUUAUGAAAAAGCUGUUUUUAUUUCAAAGUAUCUUUAGAAAAGAAAGUCCCAGCGCUCGGAGGCUUAGCUGACAGGAGGGGAAAGGUGCGUGGCUGCGAAUCUCAGAACUACUGAGGCCCCGACACCAGUGCUGGCCCCAGCGCCCCACGAGUGCACGAUUCCUCCCCGGUAGGUAACGCGGAAGAAUCGGACGGGUGGCGGCCUCAGGGCACAGCAUGGGGCAGCCCUGACGCGCAGGAGCUCGGCGACCGAAAACCAGAAGGGCCAUGCGUUGAAGACGUAGGUCUGCAGUCACAGCACCCAGACUGAAGACAGUAAGAUUGCUGCAAGUUCAAGGCCAGCCAAAGCCCAAGCAUGGGAACCCAGAAACCGCGGAUCUUGCCCUGGCUGGUGUCGCAGCUGGACCAGGGGCAGUUGGAAGGCGUGGCCUGGCUGGACGAGAGCCGCACUCGGUUCCGGAUCCCAUGGAAGCAUGGCCUGCGGCAGGACGCCCAGAUGGCUGACUUUGGCAUCUUCCAGGCCUGGGCUGAAGCCAGUGGUGCCUACAUCCCAGGGAAGGAUAAGCCUGACCUGUCAACCUGGAAGAGGAAUUUCCGGUCGGCCCUGAACCGGAAAGAAGUGUUGCGAUUAGCCGAUGACCAGAGCAAGGACCCUUUUGACCCUCAUAAAGUGUAUGAGUUUGUGACCCCAGCAGCAAGGGACUUUGCACAUCUGGACACCUCUCCUGAUGCCAAUGGCAAAAGCAGUGUGUCUGAUCCCCAGGAAGACCUCCCAGAAUUACUGGGUGACAUGGUCUUGGGACCUCUCCUGGAUGAGGGGUCCUUGGGCCUGGCUAUUGCUCCUCAACCACCACUAAGCCCAAACCUGGACAACCUCCCAAACCUGGCACCCCAGGAAAAUCCACUGAGGCAGCUGCUAGCUGAGGAACAAUGGGAGUUCGAAGUGACCGCUUUCUAUCGGGGCCGGCAGGUCUUCCAGCAGACACUCUUUUGCCCAGGGGGCCUGCGGCUGGUGGGCACCACAGCUGAUAACAGGACACUGCCUGGACAGCCAGUCACCCUGCCAGACCCUGAGGGGUUUCUGACAGACAGGCUUGUGAGAGAGUAUGUGAGCCAAGUACUCAAGGGGCUGGGCAAGGGGCUGUUUCUGUGGCGGUCAGGGCAGUGUCUCCGGGCCCAGCGUCUGGGCCACUCCCAUUCCUUCUGGGCUCUGGGUGACGAGCUGCUUCCAGACAGUGGGCGAGGGCCUGAUGGAGAGGUUCCCAAAGACCUGGACGGAGUUGUGUUCGACCUUGGGCCCUUUGUGACAGAUCUGAUUGCCUUCAUGGAAGGAAGUGGACACUCCCCACGCUACACUCUGUGGUUCUGUGUAGGGGAGUCGUGGCCCCAGGACCAGCCGUGGGUCAAGAGGCUUGUGAUGGUCAAGGUUGUUCCCACAUGUCUUAAGGAGCUACUAGAGAUGGCUCGGGAAGGGGGAGCCUCCUCACUGAGAACCGUGGAUUUGCACAUCUCCAACAGCCAGCCUAUCUCCUUCACUUCUGACCAGUACAAGGCCUACCUCCAGGACUUGGUGGAGGACAUGGACUUAUAGGCCACCAGAGACACCUGAGCCCUGCCCAACAGACACCAAUAAAGCAGUUUAUGCCAUCACA